UGCCGCCCGUGCGCGUGCGCGGGGGCCGCCCUACCCGCUCGCCCUAGUCUUUUGCUUUCUUUUUGGGGCCGCCGACUUCGCUGUCGCGCACGGGACCACAAUGCUCCGCGCCGCUUGUCAUUGGCCGGCGCCGCAGGGAGAGUUGUCUAAUGGGCAGAACAACCGAGAGUACAGAGGACCUGGCCUUUGUCUUGACUCUGCUACUUCAGUUUUGGAUGCAGACCACUGUUUCUAUAUAUGAUUGGAAAAACCCAAGAGCUAGUCAUCUAUUCUGAACCCCAUGCUGACACAAACCUACAAGCCAAGGGAGCCAGUAUUUGGCCAUCCGUCCAUCCAUUUGCAUGUCCCAGGGAUGCACAAACAAGGAGCAGUUCAGCCUUUCAGCUGCCUUCAAAGAAGCAAUGGGAAAGAGGUUAUUUGGAUAAGCCCGGAAAUACCAGUGGCACUGCUAGUCCAGUGUUGGAUAGGAGUGGUGACAGGGGCCAGCUUCGCCUUGUUCCUGAUCUCUGAGGGGAAUAGCCAGUGUUUCCUAAGAAGCGUGAGGGAGACCAUCAGGAUGAUGACAACAAUAGCUCCCAGAACUGGGUAUACGUUCUCACAGUAGCCCUGCCUAUGGGCCUCACCUAGAUCCUCUUCAGUGCACCAGGCACCCAGCUGCCGCUUACUAGAAAGCAGCACCCGGCUGAAACCCCACGAAGCCCAGAACUACCGGAAGAAGGCACUGUGGGUCUCCUGGUUCUCCAUUAUCGUCACGCUGGCCCUCGCUGUGGCCGCCUUCACUGUCUCCGUUAUGAGGUACAGCGCCUCUGCUUUUGGGUUUGCAUUCGACGCCAUCCUCGACGUCCUGUCGUCGGCGAUCGUCCUGUGGCGGUACAGCAACGCGGCUGCUGUACACUCUGCCCAUAGGGAGUACAUAGCCUGUGUCAUCUUAGGGGUGAUAUUCCUUCUGUCAUCCAUAUGUAUAGUGGUCAAAGCCAUCCAUGACCUUUCAACGAAGCUGCUCCCGGAAGUGGAUGACUUCCUGUUCAGUGUCUCCAUUUUAAGCGGGAUCCUUUGCAGCAUCCUGGCCGUGCUGAAGUUUAUGCUGGGGAAGGUUCUCACCAGCAGAGCACUCAUAACAGAUGGCUUUAACUCCCUCGUGGGCGGCGUGAUGGGCUUCUCCAUUCUCCUGAGCGCGGAGGUGUUCAAGCACAAUGCCAAGGUCUGGUACCUGGACGGCAGCAUCGGGGUGCUGAUUGGCCUCACCAUAUUUGCCUACGGGGUCAAACUCCUCAUCGACAUGGUGCCGAGGGUGAGGCAGACGCGGCACUACGAGAUGUUCGAAUAAAGGCGGACGCUGUGCGGGAAGACGGUCACGCGCCGUGGCGGCGUCCACGCAGGCAGAUGGUGCCACUGUGGAACAGCACAUCGUUUCUUUUUUGGAAGUCUUCUCUCAUCCGGUUUGUCAUCACGGGUCACGAUCUGCCCCUCACUCCGCUGCCCCCUCAGACACACCCCUAGGAAGGGACGCACUUCCUGCACCGCAGCCGGCAGCGACCUGGCCUGGUUUCUGGAGUCAGGUGGUUCUCGCGGGUAAGAUCGGAUCUCUGGCCGGCAGAAAGCUCUUCUGUGGUGCUCUCGCCUGCCGCGGAUGGGUGCGGCCCAGGCCCCCGCCCUGGGGCCGGCUGUGGCCCCAGGCACACCAGGGUCCCGCAGGCUCUGCAAUGUGGCAGGCGUGUGGGGAAGAUGUGCCCUUGUGUCUCUCCCAGCCCAGAACCAUCCGUAUGUCCCUCCCUCCUUUCUAUCAACACAUUGCAUUAGUUUCAUACUGUUUUACUAAUCCUCAGUCUAAACCGACGGUUUGUUCCCAAGGAGACCGUUCUGUUUUUUAAAGUACCUAGUGAUCCACGUAUGAGCUUUGCAUGGACGCGCUAAAUAAGCACACGACCCUGAACAUCCCUGUAUAAACAGGCCCCAUUUCGGAGAGAUGUGA